AUGCGUAUCAAAUCAGCAAUUGAGUAUCGAAUCGCAACUGAUUACGACAUCAUCGAGAUAUCCUCGGAAGAUGAUGAUGAAGUGGAAAUACUCGAAUUUAGGAAAAUAACACAGGAUCUUAUAAACUCCACGGAUCAUGAACAACAACCGCAGCUGCAGCAAGAAAAACAAUCUAAUUCAGGACACAAGGUUACCAAAAAGCUAUCCGAUAUCCAGUGCCCCAUAUGCUUUGAUAUAGUAGAGAAUGCAACAACAACUACUUGUGGCCAUAUUUUUUGCUUACAAUGCAUUGAACAAAGCAUUAGUAGUUCCCGAGCAAGGGGGCAAGCAAAUAUGCCAAGAGGGAAAGGCCUAUGUCCAUUGUGCAGAAAAGUAGUCUCGUUUAAAGAAACCAUUAUAUUGAAGUUGAAAAAGGCAGACACGGUAUUUAGAGAACCAAAAUAA